GAAAAGAUGGGUCCUUUUGAUGCAGCCCGUUCCAGUUCCUCGCCCUGUUCGUCCCGCAAAUUGAUUUUGAUGUUUGUUAUAUUUUGCUACUUUCCCCUUUGAAAGUGGACAUUAUUUUAAGCAACCAUAGGUACUACACAUGUGGGAUUAGGGUCAAUUUUUUAUUGUUUUGGCUAUUCGCUAUUGAUCUUGAUGUAGAAAGAUGUUGUAUCAAAAUCAAGUUAUAAACAAUGUGUGAAAAUGAAAAAGAACGCAAACGAUUUCUAGCUGGAUGAAGGCAAGAGGAAGUGGCAUUACCCUCAGUUUGAUGCUCCGCCACGCAUAUCAAUGCAGAAUACUUCAUUUUGAUGCGCCAUCUCCACAUUGGAGAGAAAAAAUAUGUUUGCCGCAGACGCCAGCCCUGCAUUGGAGAGAACGCGCUCUCCCUCCAGGUCGCUACAUCAUGGAAGCUUACGCGAUCUGGAGCAAAAACAGCUCAGAGAUAGAGGCCGCGGCCCUUUCGCUUUCUGGCUUACGGCCGUCGGUUGUUGGACAUGCCUAUUAUCAACUGAUGUCGCUGCUGGUGCUCACUCAGGAGCAGCCCGUCUGCGCAGAGAGGAACCACGAAACCAUGUUGCGCAGAAGAGCAUCGAUGAAAUACACGAGUCUGCCUCUACACCUACAUCUAUCGUGGAUGCGGCUGACGACGAGCACGAGAUAGAAUCUUCAGAGCACCACAGGAUCAACACAAGUGUUAGCGAGCUGAAAGCAACAACGGCGACAGGACUUUUUCAAGGUAAAGAACGACAUCAACAGUCUAUCCAUUCAAGUACAGCUGCAACUAGCACACAGCAUCAACAGGAAGGACAAGAAAGUCGAGGUAGUACUAAGAAAGUCGAAGUAGCUUCCAACUCAAAUACCUUUAGCGCCUCCCAUAGCUACAACAAGAAUCCAGGCGACGUGUCUGCCAGAGACGUUGGUGUAAAGAGUGUGCAACUGCCUGUCCUUCCACCCUGGCGAGAGCCUGCUGACAGCCUAGAAGAUGCAGUUUGGGUACGACGCGCUGUAGAACAAUACAAUGAACAAGUAAGAUUUGACUCAACGACAGCAUCUGCAUCUAGAUCAAGAUCAGCCUCUUCAUCAGAUUUAGAGGCGACAGGAACCGCCAAAGAGAGCCUUCUCACCACACAGCAGACCGCCGACCUCGAAGCGGAGGAAGUGAAGAAGGAUGGCGUUUUUCUCUUUGCUGUGUGGACGAGUCUCGGUACUCAAAAGCGGAUGCGGGCAAGCCUCGACACUUGGAUGAAGUCUCUUGGUCCGCAACAGGCCGUCAUGAUAACGAGCGCUUUCCCUACGCAACAAGAGGAAAAUCAGAAACUCAUACGUGAGAAAGUUGGGAAGGGGGAACUGAAACCACAGGUACUGGUACUAGUUGUGCGAGCUCGAAACCUAGACACGAAGUCCUACCUAGAAACGUUGUCCGAGUCCACCUAUUAAGGGUAGGUUAAAGGUGCUUCUGUUACCGUUUGUUAUGACUCUCCCAAGGGGGACAGCCAUAACAAGCGGGAUAAACGAACACCAAAAACCUACCUCUAAGACCUAGAAACGUUACAGAUUCCUCAUCAAGUGGGGUUCAACAUCUACAUCAGUCUUCUGGGACUCGAAUAUCUUGGAUUUGAAUUCUCUGUACAUCAACUAACCAGGCACAUUCUAUUGAUUCUACUACCCAAUUUGCACUGGUGGACACCACAACAUUCAUCAGCACACGCAAAUAUUUAGAAAUAUCCGCAGGUCUUUGCCCCUGUCGCAGGCCAUUGUCGGGACCGUUUAAGUCGUCGACUGAAUUUUCCGGGUCUCACAUGGAACGGCAUGGCUGACUAUGAGCUCCGGAACAUGGUCCAUCUCUGCUCGUUGCCAUUCGUUUUUCAGGUCGCCGCAAGAAUUCCGAAUCUAACGUUUCUAGCGACAUUAUGUUGAGAAAGCUUUCUAAGUACAGUACAUUUCUACUAAGUACAGUAGGUACAUCCUUCUACCGUUAAGCUUAAGGGGGCUUCCCGCCCUAAUCCAUUUCCAUAGACAUCGUCCCUCAAGCAUAUGCACCCCAAUAAGAGCGAGAUUGAUACUGACGCAUUAUAUGCUUGAGGGAUUUCCACAGGGAUGAAUGGGGGAGAGGUGUGAUACCGCGAUCCGUUGUCCCCUUCUCUUCGUGCCUACUGAAGAUGGUUCUGGAGUCCUCAGGCAAUCCAGCAGGUGGGACCAGGCAAAACUUCAACCCCAUCGAGUGAUGUUUUUUUUAUGCGUCCAGGUCCACGACUUCUGGCGUGGCGCUCUAGCAACACCGUGGUGUCCUUGUCACAACAUGAUCAUUUCCUUUUCAUCUAUCACCGAAGACGACGCCUACGUGCUGCCACAACCUUAUCAGUUGCGUGCGGAAGACGCCUUUGCGAAUCCAGCGAAAAGCGAGUUUGCAGUAGGAGAUCAGUUCUUUCGGGGGAAUCUAGAAGAUCUUCAAGAGCGUCCAAAACACUCGAUGAUGCAGCAGAUCGUCAUUGGCGAAGAAGGGGCUACGACAUCAACCUUUGCAGACAAUAAUCCAUCAUCGAGUACUCCUGCAGUGGAGGAAGAUAAAAAGACAUCUCCGGCAAAUAGAAUCAAUUUGGAAGUAGAUAAACGAAGAGAAGAGGAAGAUGAAACUAAUACUUCCUUUCUGGCAACUAUGGGAGAAGGACACGAAGUAGACACGACAAGAUUCCCCGCAUCGACGUGGAGAGCAACUGAUCCUAUGGCCAUGGCUUGGUGGUCGUGCGGUGAGGGUCUGUGUGGCCAGAAUGGUUCUCUUUAUAACGCAGCAGCAGUCAAAGUGCUUGGUUUAAGGCUGUGAUUUCGCAACAUGAUGCAAUUGCAAGUUAGUGCAUAUAAUUGAUUUUGAUGCAUCAUGAUAGAUGUUUUCGUUGUUAAUGUUAGUGUUGUUGCUGUUUCUUCAUCAUGGUCAACGAACUAAGGACAUCUUCGUUGAGGGGGCCUUCAUCACGUAAGCCACAACUGUCAGCAACAGCAUGAAUUAUAACAUACUUAAGUAUCAAUAAAUCUCUAAUAUCUGCAGCCGUAUCUCACGAGCACAUACUAUCGCAUGUCGGUCGAUGGGCUGCUGCAAAAUAUGCUAAAAUGCAAGCUCAGGAAGCCGCACUUGCACAGAAGAAGAAGGAGAAAACCAGUGACAUUGAGGGGAGUAAAGUUAUGAAGAACACCAUUGGUCAACACGUAGCACUGUACCCGUUCGUUGCUUUAGAAGAUGCUAGCAACUAACAACUUCUUCAUGCUGUCUACUUUCCUCCACUACAAGUACAACUACCACCUCUAACCAGAAGACUGUGCACGGCCGACUAGACGAUCUCACAAAAGCGCUCAUGCAGCUGCAGAAAGAUUUCAAGAGUAAAGCGAAUGUUGUGGGUGACGCUGACAGCGGUAAAGCUGCUGUUGAGCAACUCGAGGCUAUCGCAAAAAGCAUGUCCGAACUGGCGACGAUCAUCAAGACCAAGAAGUUCCAGUCGCAGACGACUCCGAAAUCUGAAGCUAAAGUAGACGCUGGCGCUGCUGCUUCACUGGUUGCAAACAGGUUGAAUGCGAUUAAGGAGCUGUUGGGAUUACUUGUACUUUUGCACACCUGAAGAAUAAGAGAGAAUGAAAUCUAAUUGUCAAAAAUUAAUAGAUGUAGUCCUCCAUGUCCAAAAACAACAUUAUUUUUAUGAGCCGUCAUUCUGACGAAUUUCAAGUAUUAUAUGCAAAACCGACGGACCGUCUCUAAUAUGCCGAAAUCACCGUCAUCUUCUGGCUCAGCCAAGCACGAUGAAGCAACCACGUCCCCGUCGCAGCAGCACGCGGCUUCUAGUAGCGGUCUGAAUAUGGGACACAUGCCUGGCAUGGGUCCUAUCGUCGGAUGGGUCCUCAAAGAUCUAGCACGAUCUCAUGUACUCCGAUUGUUGUUAUGGAGUACGUAGGUGUAGGUGAGUCGCUGUUAUUUACUUAUGAGUUUUAGUAUGUAGGUGUAGGUGAUCACUGAGUCGCUGUUAUUUACUUAUGAGCUAUCUUCACUUUGAAAGGGAAAGCAAGGUGGAAAGAACCAGUCACAUUAGUGGUCUACUUUGUAUGCUAUAAGAUUUUCGACCGAGUCGUGGCAUCCCAUCUUCCACAUUGCCCACGUUGAAUCAUCUAGAUCUACAUAUUCAUAUGUGGUCAAAAUGAUCAAUAAUAGUAUUUCUAAUUGUAUCAAUCUUUCAGUCCCUUCUUUCACUCCCUUCUUUCAUUUCCUUGGCAACCUCCUUAUUUUGUGAAAGCGCAGGUUGGCUACAGCGACUUCGCGAAAACUGCAGCGCUUGAGCCUCGGGAAAAAACUGUCGUCUUCCAUUACAUCGCUGAUCCUUGGAAACCUGGAAAAAAUUCGGCUCAGCCGAAAAACUGGCCUGACCACUAUGCCGCGCACAGGGAGCUCCGAGACCACAUGCGGGCAAAUCAUGAUGCGGAUGAAGAGACGAAAAAGGAAGGAAAAAACGGGGAUGGAAAAAAGGAAGAAGAGAAUACGAUUAAGACAUUGAAACCAGAACGGAAGAAAUGAACCUUCACGACCACCGAGUUGAAGUUUUUUUACCCUAGCGGAUGUGGAUGUAACAGAAAAAAUGAACCUUGACGACACCAGACCUGAAGUUUUAUAUUUACCCUUCUUCUUCUAGUAGCAGUUGCAGUUGUAGCUGUUGGAGAUGGAGUUUUACUUUUUGUUGUAUAAACGUCAGACAGUCAUCUGGUUAGUAUGGUUGUAGACCAACGACGAAGUUGAUUAGACCUCCUAGUGUGUGGUAAGUUGUUAUCAUUGUUUCGUC